GCAGACGUUAAAUCCUCAGUUUGACGGAUCGGUCAUUCACAAUGAGCAGUGCCUCACGACCGUAUGUUACUUUCGCCAAUGAUACGAAGGAAUCUUUUCUGCGUUAUCUGAGCGAGAGUCCAAAUAAUCGUCGUGUGUCUUGCGAAGAGAGAGAGAACAUCAUCCAAUGGUUAACCAAUCCUCACAAACGGCCGUCGUCACAAAGCGAGUUUAGUCGACGUAACUACGUUCGGAAGACUUUUACCUGGGAGGAGGCGACACAACUUCUAGUCGCUUGUCCAAAGACCGAGGGGGGAGAGAAACGUGUCGUGGUUACGGAGGAUAUGAUUGCGGAUAUAGUUGAGUAUGUUCAUGAGAAUAACGGCCAUGCUGGAUGGGAUUACACAUGGAGGGAUAUCAGCAGAUCAUACUAUGGUAUUUUGCGGUCGGAUGUUAUACGUCUUCUGAAGCAAUGUGAGAUUUGUGCACAUAAUCCUUCAAAGCGACCGAAGGACGCCAAAACUGCUCCCACCGAUAUUCAAUCAGUGGAUACCGAUUUCGUUGACUUCAGCAAGAACGAACCGCCGUUCCAUGGCUCUGAAUGAAAGUGCAAAAGAGGUGAAUAAGUUCGGAACGGUCUGACUAUUCGAAUUGUUGGCUGGGGGAUGUCGAGCAUUCGGAAGCAUUUACGUGACACUUCGGAGGUGUAGUAGGCCUCAUUUGGCUUGAUCUUUGUCGUAUUGCUGAGACAUAGAACACAUAUGUUCAAAUAUACCUGCAGACUAUUAAACACGUGUGGUUCGAAAACCUUGGCACAUUGGGCACAACACUUUGCGAAUUCAGUGAAUCAAGGCCGUAAAGAAAACCCAUUUUCUUACAAAUGCAUAGCUUCCCAUGCGCUUAGGCUGCCCUAGCUGUUGAACAGGAAGCCUCAAACGCUACACUCUCUCUUGUAACUUAUGUCUUCCUAGAUACAAACCAGCCGCUAUUUAUCAUGCGGACUUGGUCAAGGAUGCUGAGUACCAAGUAUCAUUAUUGAGCUAUAGCCAACGAAGUGUCCAGCUGAAUUACAAGUCGAAACAGGAUGUCAACCACUAGUCCCUCACUAUCAGCUCAUGUUAAUAGGCUUACGCUCCUGGCAUGCGCAGUUUUGGACCAGUUCGCCACCAGAUUCCGCCUACUCAGUUACAGCGCCUCUUGUAUUCGUGCAGUCU